CACUAAUAACAGAUAAAAAGCACUCACAACAAGAACAGCACAUAAACAGGACAAUCAGUCAGUGGUACGAGGCACAUUUCACAGUAAAUCACAGCCUACAAUACUAACCACAGAUUUAGUCAAACGGGAAGAUGAAGACGCUGCUACUGCUCUCACUGAGCCUCGCAGUGGCUCUGGGAAGGCCACCAUUUGAUUCACGUGUUGCACCAAAGCCUGUACUGACUGGAGAAAACCAGAGCCCUCUGCUGAGAGACUGGGUUCCUGUGCAGGGUCAUGUGGUGGUGGAGGAUCCUGCAACACAAGUCAGGCUAAACUUUAGAGAGAAACAGGAAAAAACAGCUCCAGUAAAUCUGAAUCCAGAGGUCAAGGCUGAACUAAAAGCUGAUGUGAAGCCAGAUGUUGAGAUGGAGCCAGAGCUCAGCAAUAAACCAGACUUUAAGGUGGAAUCAGAGGUUAAGGUGGGGCCAGAUGUUCAAGAGGCAGAAUCAGAAGAACAUUUUGAAAUGGGGGGUGAACCAAUCAUGCAGCAGAAGCCACUGGAUGACGACAACGUGUCUGAAGCAAAUCAAGAUCGUGACAAUCAACGUCUCCCAGAGGAGGAAGAAAAGGGGCUUAUCAGAGAGAGGAGCUACGUCUUAGAUGGAGAACCAACAAGUGAAGUGGAAAACCAAUCAGGUGAGGUGCUGCCAGAGCUCAGCAAUAACCCAGACUUUAAGGUGGAAUCCGAGGUUAAGGUGGAGACAGAUGUUCAAGAGGCUGAAACAGAAGAGAGGCACAUCGACAUGGAGGGAAAAUAUGAAAUGGCAGGUGAACCAAUCAUGGAGAUGGAGCCCCUGGAUGACGACGACUUGUCUGAGGAAGAACUGAGCAACACAAGGAUGGCAUUUCAGCAUCAAGAGCCUGUCAAUCAACGUCUCUCAGAGGAGGAAGAAAAGGGGCUUAUCAGAGAGAGGAGCUACGUCUUAGAUGGAGAACCAACAAGUGAAGUGGAAAACCAACCAGGUGAGGUGCUGCCAGAGCUCAGCAAUAACCCAGACUUUAAGGUGGAAUCCGAGGUUAAGGUGGAGACAGAUGUUCAAGAGGCAGAAACAGAAGAGAGGCACAUCGACAUGGAGGGAAAAUAUGAAAUGGCAGGUGAACCAAUCAUGGAGAUGGAGCCCCUGGAUGACGACGACUUGUCUGAGGAAGAACUGAGCAACACAAGGAUGGCAUUUCAGCAUCAAGAACCUGUCAAUCAACGUCUCUCAGAGGAGGAGGGGCUUAUGAGAGAGAGGACCUACGUUUUAGAUGGAGAACCGAUCAAGGAGACAGAUGUUCAAGAGGCCGAAGCAAAAGAGAGGCACAUUGAUAUGGAAAGAAGAUAUGACAUUGUUGGCGAGCCAAUCAUGGAGCUGGAGCCACUAGACGAUGACAUUUCUAAAGAGGAACUGAGCGAGAUGGAGCUUUUAGAAGUGGAAAAAUCUUUGAGGUCAGCAUUUCAGAAUCAAAAUCCUGUCAAUCAACAUCUCUCAGAGGAGGAAGAGGGGCUUAUAAAAGAGAGGACCUACGUUUUAGAUGAAGAACCAGUCUUGGAGCUGGAGCCACUGGAGAUUAAGGCGCAAGAGAACCUUGAGGAAGGGGGUGAAGCAGCUCGGGGGAAUGACAUUGAGCGUGAAUAUGAAAUAGAUGGCGGGCCAAUCAUGGAGUUGGAGCCACUAGAGGACAACAACCCAGAGCUAAUUGAUAAGCCAGAACUUAGAGUGGAAUCAGAGGAUAAGGUGGAGACAGAUGAUCUGGAAGAGACACAGCCCGAAGUGAAGCACAUGUUUAGUGAAGGGCAGGAGGCCCAAAAGAAGUUUCAUGUGCAAAUGAACCUUGAGGAAGAGACUGAAUCAAGUCAGGAAACUGAAGAGAGGCACAUUGAUAUGGAGUCAAGAUAUGAAAUUGUUGGUGAGACAAUCAUGGAGCUGGAGCCGUUGGAUGAUGACAACAUGCAUGGAAAGAAAAUGAGCAGCAAAGAGUGGUCAGAUGUUAACAUGGAGAGAAACUUGGAAAUGGUGGGUGAGCCAAUCAUGGAGUUGGAGCCACUGGAGAACACAGACACAGUGCAGAAAGAAGAGGAAAGGUCUUUGAAGUCUCCAGUUCAGGAUCAAAGUCCUGACAUGCAUCCUGUAGAGGAGCCGGGGUUGCUUUGGAGUGAGAUGGACUAUGAUCUAGAUGAAAAGGAGAAUUUCCCAAAUGAAGAGGCUAGGGAGGGCUCUCCCAUAGUGGAAGGGUCCGAAUACAAGAUGAUGGAUGAACCAGCGAGUGAGUUUGUCGAAAAACUCCAGAUGUCCCCAAUGGCUCUCUCUGAAGAGCCAGCAGACAGUCCUGUGAUUAACCAGCAAGGGCGGAGCUGUUACCCUGGUGUGAUGCUGGAGGGGAAGUGUUACCAGUUCUUCAAAGAGCCAAAGAGGGCUGCAGAUGCUGAGUUCUUCUGCCAGGAGCAUUUCUCUGGAGGUCACCUGGCCUCCAUCACCAGUCCCCACAUCCACAGAGGGGUGAUGAACCUGAUCCUGCAGCAGAACGGAGCUCUGACUCGCACCUGGGUCGGUGGACUGAGAAAUGUGGAGACCGAUCGCUUCAUCUGGUUGGACGGCUCUCACUGGGGUUUUGCUGAUUGGCUGUCAGGGGAGCCCAACCACACGUCAGAUAAGGAGCACUGCGUGGAAGUGCUGCCCCAGGGAAAUGGAAAGUUCAAUGACUUCACCUGCUGGGAACCUCAGGCUUUCAUCUGCUCCUUCUCCUAUUAAUGAGUGUACAGACACACCUCACAUCUUAUCUGCUCCUUUGGCUGAUAUGAUGCAGAGUUUACUACCUUUUCUUUCAGUUUAAAGUCACAUCUUAGAAAGCAAUGGACUGAAUUAAAGAACCAUGAUAUCAAUUAUCAAAUAGAAAAUCAGGACUUGUCAGCAGGUUGUAUAUUAUAUUCAAAUAUUUGUUUUUUAUAACAAGCUAUAUCCUGUAAAUAAAGCACCAUAAUGUGUUAUACUUGAGCUUAAUAACAUAUCGUUUAAGUGUGUUAAGUAUAAACAUGUGUAUAAAAUAGGUAGGCUACCAAGAUAAUUAGACGUAGUUAUUUACUAUGUUUGUGUGUCACAAAAAGAAACCCACCCGUUUGAAAUAGAGUUUAAUAUUUAUUUUCAUACUUUUUCACACAGAAAAAUGUGAUUUUAGUGGAUUAAAUCUCUACACUCAGUUGCCAAUUCGUCAGGUACAAAUUAAAUAUAUUUUAGUCACAGUUUAAAUGAUAGAAGAGCACUGCAAUUAAAGCUGCAGAAAAUUGUCAACCGUUAAAUAAAUUGCUUACUAUUUUGAA